AUGCGUGAGAUCCUGUCCAUCCAUCUCGGCCAAGGCGGCGUCCAGCUCGGGAACUCUUGCUGGGAACUUUACUGCCUCGAACAUGGCAUCCAACCCGAUGGGCAAAUGCCCGCCGACGAAACCAUCGGCCUCGGCAACGAUUCGUUCACGACGUUCUUCACCGAGACCGGCGCGGGCAAGUAUGUGCCCCGAGCGGUGUUUGUGGAUUUGGAACCGAGCGUGUGCGACGAAAUCCGCACCGGCACGUACCGUCAAUUGUACCACCCCGAACAAAUCAUUUCCGGCAAGGAAGACGCGGCAAACAACUACGCUCGCGGUCAUUACACCAUCGGCAAGGAAGUCGUCGAUGUCGUGUUGGACCGCAUCCGCAAGCUCGCCGACAACUGCACGGGUCUGCAAGGGUUUAUGAUCUUCAACGCCGUGGGCGGCGGCACCGGCUCCGGGUUGGGCAGUUUGCUCUUGGAGCGCUUGUCUGUCGACUACGGCCGCAAGUCCAAGCUCGGGUUCACCAUCUACCCGUCCCCCCAGGUGUCGACUGCUGUCGUGGAACCGUACAACUCGGUGCUAGCGACCCACGGACUCUUGGAGCACACGGAUGUAGCGAUCAUGUUGGACAACGAAGCCAUCUAUGACAUUUGCAAGCGCUCCUUGGACAUUGACCGCCCUAGCUACACCAACUUGAACCGUUUGAUCGCGCAAGUGAUCUCGUCAUUGACGACGUCGCUCCGCUUCGACGGGUCGCUCAACGUGGACGUGACCGAGUUCCAGACCAACUUGGUGCCGUACCCGCGCAUCCACUUUAUGCUGUCGUCGUACGCGCCGGUGAUCUCGGCCGAGAAGGCGUACCACGAGCAGUUGUCGGUGGCGGAGAUCACCAACAGCUGCUUCGAGCCGGCGUCCAUGAUGGCCAAGUGCGACCCGCGCCACGGUAAGUACAUGGCGGCGUGCCUCAUGUACCGCGGCGACGUGGUGCCCAAGGACGUGAACGCGGCCGUGGCGACCAUCAAGACGAAGCGCACGAUCCAGUUUGUGGACUGGUGCCCCACGGGGUUCAAGUGCGGGAUCAACUACCAGCCGCCGACGACCGGCGCGGGCAAGUAUGUGCCCCGAGCGGUGUUUGUGGAUUUGGAACCGAGCGUGUGCGACGAAAUCCGCACCGGCACGUACCGUCAAUUGUACCACCCCGAACAAAUCAUUUCCGGCAAGGAAGACGCGGCAAACAACUACGCUCGCGGUCAUUACACCAUCGGCAAGGAAGUCGUCGAUGUCGUGUUGGACCGCAUCCGCAAGCUCGCCGACAACUGCACGGGUCUGCAAGGGUUUAUGAUCUUCAACGCCGUGGGCGGCGGCACCGGCUCCGGGUUGGGCAGUUUGCUCUUGGAGCGCUUGUCUGUCGACUACGGCCGCAAGUCCAAGCUCGGGUUCACCAUCUACCCGUCCCCCCAGGUGUCGACUGCUGUCGUGGAACCGUACAACUCGGUGCUAGCGACCCACGGACUCUUGGAGCACACGGAUGUAGCGAUCAUGUUGGACAACGAAGCCAUCUAUGACAUUUGCAAGCGCUCCUUGGACAUUGACCGCCCUAGCUACACCAACUUGAACCGUUUGAUCGCGCAAGUGAUCUCGUCAUUGACGACGUCGCUCCGCUUCGACGGGUCGCUCAACGUGGACGUGACCGAGUUCCAGACCAACUUGGUGCCGUACCCGCGCAUCCACUUUAUGCUGUCGUCGUACGCGCCGGUGAUCUCGGCCGAGAAGGCGUACCACGAGCAGUUGUCGGUGGCGGAGAUCACCAACAGCUGCUUCGAGCCGGCGUCCAUGAUGGCCAAGUGCGACCCGCGCCACGGUAAGUACAUGGCGGCGUGCCUCAUGUACCGCGGCGACGUGGUGCCCAAGGACGUGAACGCGGCCGUGGCGACCAUCAAGACGAAGCGCACGAUCCAGUUUGUGGACUGGUGCCCCACGGGGUUCAAGUGCGGGAUCAACUACCAGCCGCCGACGGUCGUGCCCGGCGGCGACUUGGCCCGUGUCCAGCGCGCGGUGGCCAUGAUCUCCAACACGAGCGCGAUCGCCGAAGUGUUUUCGCGCAUCGACCACAAGUUCGACUUGAUGUACGCCAAGCGCGCGUUCGUGCACUGGUAUGUGGGCGAAGGCAUGGAAGAAGGCGAGUUUUCCGAAGCGCGUGAAGACUUGGCCGCGUUGGAGAAGGAUUACGAAGAAGUGAGCGCCGAAACGCAAGAAGGCGAUGGCGAAGACGACAUGGAGUAUGGCGAAGAGUACUAG